CAUCUGCCCUCUCCUUUGUAAACACUCUUCGCUGCCUCUGGGUAACUGAUUCUUUCUACCACCAUUUUGUCUCUGGUUACGAUGGGUUUCAUGUUAGACUUUAGAAGAGCAUGGAAAAUAUGACCAGGAAGUGUGGAUUUCCUAUGAUUUCAAGCAGACCUGGGUCUCACACUGUGCGCGAGGCCUCAAAGUCCAGGCAUGCCAUGUGGUAGGGUGGUGAGGCAGUGGGAGAUCAGGCCCACUAUCGUGCUGCGUGGGAUCAAACGCACCAAGGUCCUGAUGUGGCACUGGAUUCAGGGAUUUGCCCGGGCCUGCAGGCAGAACAUUGGCUACCAGGUGAACUACAGUGGCCCAGACCAAGAAGAACAGGAGAUGGUAUGCCUUGAGCCCAUGGGAUCAGAGCGGAUGGAGAUGCGAAAGAGGCAGAUGUCGGUGCAGCAGGAGUCGGCAGCGGGGGGAACUGCACCGGCCCAGCAGGACCAGCCGGGCGAAGCCAACCCGCGGGGCUCCAACGCGUGUUGCUUCUGCUGGUGCUGCUGCUGUAGCUGCUCCUGGAAUGAAGACAGGGAUGAAAGGAAUCGAAAGGCAUCAUAUGAUGUCAAGGAAGGGAACUCAGACUGUGAAGACUGCCCAAAGCCCACGCUGGAGGAGGUACGUAUGUGGGGGCAGUCGUUUGACAAGCUGAUGUGCUGUCCAGCGGGGAGGAACUCUUUCCGGCAAUUUCUUCGCACCGAGUUCAGCGAAGAAAACAUGCUGUUCUGGCUCGCAUGCGAGGAGUUCAGCAAGGAGACCAAUAAAAGUGUGAUUGAGGAGAAGGCCCGGCUCAUCUACGAGGACUACAUCUCCAUUCUGUCGCCAAAAGAGGUGAGUCUUGACUCCAGAGUGCGAGAGGCGAUAAACAGGAACAUGCCGGAACCCAACUUGCACACGUUUGAUGACGCUCAGUUGCAGAUCUACACGCUAAUGCAAAGAGACUCGUAUCCCCGCUACUUGAACUCCCCAGCAUACAAAAAUCUGCUCAACACUCUGUCAGAGCAGUCCCCCGAAUCUUAGGGUGGCGACGACAACCUGUGAUCUUUUAACUCUCUUUGUCCUUUCUCAGUCCUUGAAUCCCCACCUACCCAAUCGAUCCCUACACCAAGUUUUUGAAAA